AGCAACAGUUGGUGUCGUCUGUGAAGGGCGUGUUUUAAUUCCAUUCAAAUUUUGAAAAGACGAGGUUGAAGAUGCAAUUGGCGUACGUCUUUGCCUUCGUUUUGCUUUCUUUUGUGAGUUCGGAUUUAGUGGAGCCGAUCGUGAAUGUGCCAACAUUGGGGCGUCUCCGUGGAUCGCGGCUGUCGUCUGCGUCUGGCCGAACGAUUGAAGCUUUCAGAGCCAUCCCCUACGCCCAGCCACCUGUUGGAGACCUUCGUUUCAAAGAUCCUCUUCCAGCAAAAGAUUGGCAAGGCUCUAUACUUGAUGCUACUAGAGAAGCACCUAAAUGCGUUCAAUUCAAUUCCAUUGUGCAAGGUGGAGUCGUUCUUGGACAAGAGGAUUGUCUUUAUCUGAACGUUUACGUGCCUCAACUGAAUGGAAUCAACGAUCCCCUGCCAGUCAUGGUUUGGAUACAUGGUGGAGCUUUCUAUAUGGGAAGUGGAAAUGGUGUAACGGACAUGUUUGGACCUAAUUAUCUUCUCGAUCGCGAUGUCGUCUUGGUCACUUUGAAUUAUCGUUUGGGACCUCUUGGUUUUCUUAGCACUGAAGAUGCCGAAGCUCCUGGAAAUUAUGGAUUGCUUGAUCAAUCAUUGGCACUCAGGUGGGUGCGAAAUUACAUUGCCCAUUUUGGUGGCAAUGCAGACCUGAUUACCAUAUUUGGUGAGAGUGCAGGAGGUGCUAGUGUGAAUUUUCAUGUACUAUCGCCUUAUUCAAAAGGUCUUUUUCAUCGAGCCAUAAUUCAAUCCGGAACAUCGACAUGCCCGUGGGCGUUGAAUCCCAAAAUUGGAGAAUAUACCAAGUUCCUUGCCAAUCAUUUGAACUGCUCGUCGGAUAGUUCACGUGAAUUGUUGACCUGUUUGAGGACUAGGAAAGCGGAAGAUAUUGCCGGAAUUAGAAAGCACUUCACCAUUGGAUUAGGUUUUGGAAUGUUCCCUUUGGCUUUUGUACCCCGGAUAGACGUCGAAAGAAAUUUGCCUUUCCUUCCAGCCUAUCCAGAAGAACUUGUUGCCGAGAGAAAAUUUAAUCAAGUACCGUUGAUUUUGGGUGUUACGAAAAACGAAGGAGCUCUCGUUAGUGCAUCUUAUUAUGUGAAUGGCGACAAACACAUGGACGAAUUCAAAGCCGAUCCCAUUGGCACGAUCCGCUACAUGAUUCAAAUGGAAAACGAACCCCGUGGUCUAGAAAUGGCUCACAUGGUUCAUGAUCAUCUGUUUACUCUUCAAAAGCCAUACGAAGACCAAAAACAACAAGUAGAAAUGAUCGCGUCGGAUUAUGGACUUUUUAAGUGUACUGAUGAUUCAGUCACCUUAUUCAGCAGGUUUAAUAGUCAACCCACUUAUUAUUAUUUCUACACACAUCGGGGUCAAUUUUCGUUUCCCCAAAUAGUCGGAGUUCCACCUGAAAUCGAUCUGGGUGUUUGUCACGCCGAUGAGCUUUUUCUAUUGUUCACCCCGGGAUACUUCCCGAGGUUGAGUGUUCCAGCAGAUCUAAAAGUAUCCGCAACGCUGAUCGAUUUAUGGACAUCGUUUGCUAAAAACGGAGCUCCUGAGAGUAGCCAUGUAGAUGUUUGGCUUCCAGUUGAGCAAGGAGUAAUACGUUACCUUGAUAUUAACGAGAGAUCUACCUUUGUCAACGAUAAAAUGCCUUUUGAACCAAGGCUUGCCUUUUGGAACAAGGUGAAAGCUGCAAAUCGUAUCGUCACCAAGGAUGAAUUGUGAACAAACUGUACCUUAAACGCCGUUGCUUGCUAUUAGGCGAUGAUAAUGAGAUAUGUAACUAAAUGGCAAAUUAUUUAGAGGAAGAGUGUAGCUGAUCUCCAGUCGUACUGUUUCAAAUUCCCAUCUUAUUGUGAAUAUCUUACAGAUUUACGCAAUUGGUCUUGCU